CAACUUCUGAGUGAUCCAAGUUUUCAUGCUUGUAGUUUCUCAAUAUGUUUGUCAAACAACAAAACAUGUUAUCUCGAAAAUAAGAGAUCAUAGUAGAAUGAGCUCUCUAUCUAGACAUAUUAUAAGACCCCCAAAAUUGCAUGUGUUAAUUCUAACAUGUAUUUAAGAAAUUUAGUCUAUUUAAGAAAUUAGGCCCUAUGGAGAUCAACAAUAAGAGAUCAGAUUAUUAUAUAAUUCCUUCAUUAUUAGAUUAUUAUGUUGGUAUUAAUCGCUAUUAACAAUAAUGUUGAUUACGACUUAACGUAGACGCAUUAUCCAUGUCUCAGUAACAUUUUAGGAUCCUUGCAAUCUUUUUUAGAAUCCAAUGACUUAGUAAUUAUGCUUGCUUUAAUUAAUAAAGCCGUGGUUAGAUGCCGAUGACUAUGAUCACUUUGACAUGUACAAAGAUUUUGUUCUUCAAGGCCUAAAUUCUGCUUAUUAUCUAUAGUUUGUUAACUAGGUUCGUCUUUGAAGUCACUUGGUUCGUCUUUGAAGGAAUCGUGCAAUGCUAAUGGCGACUCACACUGCAAGGACAAAGAGUUUUGCUCGUGUUGCAGAGGAAAUGAGGAAAGAUGAUCCACAGAAGAAAGAGCCUCAAUGUGCUGAAGUUUAUUUGAAAACUCAUGUGUAUAAGGAUGGAACAUUCAUGGAUGGAAAAACAGCGAAUGAUUUGAAGAAAAAGCUAAUUGAAACCUCGGAGGGAUCAACAUCACAAGGAAAGGUUGCAUGGCAAGGUGAUCCUUACUCCGAAAUCAUAGGAAAGGACAAGCGUGGAUAUAUGCGUGGUGUAGGAUUAGGUCCUACGCCUAAAGAUAUAUUCAACUCAUCCUGUUUGCGUCGAUUUGAGGGUUUAAGGAUGACAAAUUUCGAUGAGACAAUAGUUGAAGAAAAUAUACGUCAAAUGAAGGAGCAUAUGGAGCGAUUGGAGAUGCAAGUACAAGACCAAAAUAAAAUUAUCUUAGAUCAAAACAAAUCUAUUGCUGAGUUGAAAUAUAUGGUGCAAUGCUUGGCAAAUAAUCAACCAAUGCAGGUUCUAUUUUGCUUUCUCUCUUUCUUUUUGUUUGAAUAAUAUGUUUAUUUAUCU